CUAUCAUCAAGAUCAAGGCGCGGCAACGCAUAGUUCUACGUCGUUUUGAAGAAUAAAUUUCGAAAGACAGACGGCGCUAGACGUUCCCCCCCGUACUAGCCGAGUUAUUCUAUGUCAAGUCUUGUCUAUGCAAUGACUAGUAGAGUACGAAUUUAUCUCCCCACCGAGUCCUAGUAAGUAAAAGUAUCCGAAGAAAAGGAGGACGACUUCUGAUUUCCCCGGUGUCAAAGUAGAAACCGCGUCUCAUAGCGGGCAGUUAAAAAGCAUCUAUCUCUGUAUCGUUUUAUUUUGGAUUUCGGCUAGCGCUAGCCUGUGCCUGUGUAGUUGGCCCUUUUUUCUUGUUCAGAAACAUAAUUCUAGCAGGGACCACGGGAAGAGUAGAUCAACAUGUUGAGCCGCGGCGACCAGGACGAGAUCCUUCUUCAAAUGGCGUGGCUGCGAAGUGGUACUAGUAGAAACUCCACGCUGGCUUCCUGCAGGUUUCAUCUGAGGGUCUGGCUACUACGUAUCUUUGUGUGGACCUUGAUGAUGCGCGACCUCGUCCUGCUCGUCGUCCCGCAAAACGAAGAUGUACUUCAGAAGCAGAAGAUGUUGUUUUCCUCGCCAAUUUUACCUCCUCCUGUCCGCGCGUUGUCGUUUUCCGUGCGGAAGCACACCAAAACCACGACGACCCAAAAGGAGAAAACGGGCGCGAAAGUGAAGACCAAAACCUCCGUAGUGGCAAAGAAAAGAACAGCUAGAUCCACUACAGCUCCGCAGCUCUCGUCGCGGCGGGCAGCAGGAAGAGUUGUAUCUGGUGUGUCGAGCACUACGACGAGAACCUCCUCGUUGAAAAGGAUUCUGUUCGACGGGCGGAAACAAGAAAAAUCCUCGCACAGUAGAGGUCGUUUCGAAGAGGAAAGUGCAUUUAUUUCAACACGCCAGCAAAAAUUUGUCGGUGGAGAAGAGCAACAUCAAGAACUGGAGCAACAUCCACGCGCCAUUGAAGAAAAAUCUGUACUGUCUGAGCCGCAGGUCGUCCAGAACAAUCGGACCACUCUGCUUUCCCUUCAUUCCGGGACCUCCGCCUCCGCAGAUCGGGACGACCCCGCCGGACUGCUGGAAGUAGAAGUCGAGAGAAGAACUAGCGGGAAGAACGAGGGGCGGCGGGAAGAACACCAGACUAGCCAGAAAAACGAGGCUUCUGUUGACAUGUAUGACUACCACAACAAGUAUCCCUAUUGCCCCCGGUGCCAGGUAUACAAUCUUGUCGGCCUGGUUGAUCCCAGCACCGGCGACGGGGCCGGCUGGUAUGAUACGCAUGUGACGGACACGCGGUGGAGCGCAUUUCCUGUGCCGCAACUCGAUCAGAAAGCAACGUGGAAAGACUGUGGCGGCAGCACAGGGAUCACGUGUGCGGAGACAGCAGCGCGGAAGACGGUAGACAUGUGUGAGGCCGCGGGCUGUGAUGCGACUUUCCUAGACCAAGUGAGCUCGGUAGCCGACAUCGCGCCGCCAGGCUGGACAGGCGCGACGGGUAGCGUAGAUUGGAGCGGAAUUGCCACGGAGUUGCAAAGCGGCAUUGGUGACGGGCACAAGGCGUUCGCGGUCCACUGUAAGCCAAGUCCGUGCUAUGUUACCGUCCAGAGUAUCCAUUCAAAAAAAAACCGCCCUCUCCCCAUAUUCAGGAGGAAAUUUCCCGUACUGAGGUGGUGGACACAAUCGCUUCGCCUUGUAGUACGGCACUGAGGGCAUUUUCGAGGCCACCUGGUCAGGUCGAGACAAUUCUAAACCUUCAGAAGGGUUGGUAGUCGAUUGUUCCGCCGCAGAGAGAAACGCACACAGCAGGAUGCUUCCUGUCGGUCUUGCUUCUCCAGUACGCAUGAUCGAGGCACUUCUGCUGCAGACAACAACAAGUAGUCCUCAGCGAAUACAAGCUGCCCUGUGCCUUGGACUUUGCAGAAGUAUGUGGAGGGGGGGAUUUUUCCGUACGAUGGAAGACGUGCAACAACCGGUGUACAACAGCAACAAAGCUGCUCAGGACAAAAGCUGCGAAAGCCAUGCCUGUUGCCGAGCCGGCAAAAAAAAGUCUCAUUUUCCCCCCUAUUGGUGCCCCAAUCAGUCCCAAGGGGCAGCAGCCCUCGAAAGCCUUUUCUCGUGGAAUUUCGAAGUCAGUAAGGCCAAUGCACAAGAGUGGAAGCUCUGGUUACAGCAGUACCCGCGUUCGACGUUUUGCUACUACUGCCGCCCCGGUCCAGAAGAUCCCCAGCCCCGUUGGUCGAAGGACGACUACUUUUACGAUGAACCUAUUCCGGGCAAACCAUUUCCCGAUCACCGGGUGGAGGCGUUUGAGUUGAGUGGCAUGCUCCGUAAAAUUCAGCUCGGAGAAGGCAGUGAUUCCGCGGGAUCUGUUCCCGGUGGCACGAAUCCGAACGGUGAGACGCCAGGAGGAGGACCCAAUGAAAACGGAGCUACGGGUAUCAUGAGCAAAAACAGUGCCCACACCCCAUAGUCAAGUACAAGUUGGGUGACCUCAGCUAGCAACAGAAAGAGAAAUCCAGAAGUUUUGGGAGUCACGCAUGACAACUUCCUCAUUGUAUUCUUGCAGUCUACAGUUUAGAAAAGGCUGCCGCAUAACAAAUCCAUCUCGAUCUCAUCAUCCUGUUUACAGCAUAAUACAAGUUCCAAAGCACGACUGAGAAUGCCUCUCAUGGGGAUACGCAUUGCAAAUUUUCCUCUGUUUGCAAAUCUGCAUGACAAGAACUCUGGGGUCGUGGGGACGUUUUUGCCGGGGACAACUGUGACAAUUCCGAGCGACACGGCCGACGCAGAAGACGACAAGGACAUUCCGAAGUGCGCAGAUGUGUACGCCAGAACUGCAAUUGACGAUUUAUGGCGUUCUCAAACGUUACAUUCUCAACUGUUGCAUGAAUUUGUCAUGCAAAAGUACCUUAAGCCGGCAGAUGAUCAUGAUCGAGCUGCUUCGCAUGACAAAUUUCGGGAGGGCUAGACAGCAUCUAAAUCUGCGCCAAACUUGUCAUGCAAAAGGCGCAAUCUUCCUCCUUUCACUUUUGCCAGUCUUGCAUUACACAGUUGAGAAUGUAAACAUUUGAGAACUCCAUACGACUGCACAGCGAAAAACAACUACACUCGACUGGAAAACUUCGUUAUCGACCGCUACUACAGUGAGCACAACACAAACCCGGGCGACAUUGCGGCUUGCGCCACCGCGUGCAAUUUCGGCAUGGACAACUGUGCCGCCUACUCCUUAUCAAAUGCAAAAAUGUCUGGGUCUGGAAGAUGACGAGAUUUGUCAUGCUAGUCUGGCAUGUUGACUCUGCACUUUGUAUUGCGUGGCCACGAAGAGCUCCGUCUCCCUGUCAUGCAAAAACGCAGCUUCUCAUGCGGAGUACGCAACUCAGAGCCAGGAAAAAAACUUGUCAUUCUUGGCAGCGCAUUACAGUGAGCUGACUAUUCCCUUCCUUUCAUCACAAGUUUCCAGACCCAGACAUUUUUGCAAUGCAUACUCCUACAGCUACGACGAAAGCCUGACGAAGCAGUGCGUGCUCCACGAUAUGGGAGUGUCAAGUUUGAAAUCGUCAAAGAUGAAAUGAUUUGUCAUGCAUAAAAUGGAUACCAGUUGGACCCGCAGUUUCGAGUCGGUGCAUGACAAAUUUUGUCCAUACCGAAAGCGAGUUUGUCAUGCUGUUCAGGGCAACGGUGCUCCCCUCUUUGAUGCUAGUAGUCAGCAGCCCAAUUCUCGACCCUUACCAGCACUACAAUCUGCCUUCCUUGCGUCCUCUGCAAUAGAGGCAAUCUCUGCGUUGCAUUUUCUGCAUGACAAACUAUUUCAACUUUGACGAUUUCAAUCCUGACACCCCCAUACACGACCUAGAUGAUUUAAAAGCCGCGGAACAAACCACCAAGGUCUGGGCUGGCUACGUUUUGUGCGUGAAAGACACCGCGAUAAAACAGGCGCCGGCACGUUAUGGGAGUGUCAGGAUCGAAAUCGACAAAGUCGAAAAAUUUGUCAUGCAUAAAAUGUAGGGCACGCGUGCGAGGCCUGUAUUGGGGAACAGGCAAAUGAGACCGAUUGUAAGCCUGUUUAGGGGUAUACAAUGUGUUGCCAGAGUAGCAUUACAGGAGCAGUCUGCUUUGCACAAACAGCAUGACAGACUGGAUUUUGGUGGUCUCGAAAUUUGUCAUGCGCCACUUGGAAACUGAGGCUCCAACUGGCAUCGGUUUUGUGCAUCACAAAUUUUUCGAUUUUGUCGAUUUCGAUUCUGACACUUCCAUACAUUUUCAAAAACUGUUGAGGUGGAAGACAAAGUCGAAUCAUGCCGGGAAAACGACGGCACGGCGGCGGACCUACCGAUAGUACCCGGCUCAACUACGUCUUCGAACAACAAUGGUUUCCACCAGGGCUCUGGCAACAACGCCGCGGGCGGGCCCGGGGGCGACGGGGCGGCAGGUUCCUCUCCUGAAAGCGGAGCGGGGACAGGCGCGUCAACUGGCACUGGCGGGUCUGCGGCCGGGGCUGCAGGAAGUGGCGGAGGCGAAGCAGAAACAGAUGAAGGCGGAGCUGGUUUUUUUGCCACCAGCUCCAGCUGUUGCGACAGCAGCGGCGGCUCCACGGGAGCUGCUGACGUGUACGUUCCUCCUAAAAUCAGUGUGUCCGAUCUUGCGGACGUUGUUGUAGACAGUGCGAUGCAAGCGGAGGAUAAGGAGGACCAAGAGAAAAUCAUUACCGCUGCCGUCGUUCCAAAACUAGUGGAGAAGGGGGUCGAGGAGCGUGCCGCUCAGGAAGCAGCAGACGAGAUUGCCACGGAAUUCGUCAAAAAUGUCGAAACCCAAGGCGAGAACCAGGAGGAACUGAUGAAAAAAAUAGACGAUGCCUAUGCAUUGCAAAAGUCGUAUCCCGCUUGUGUGAGUACGUAUGUUGCACCUACUUACAAACAACUGGCUCAGCAUGAAAAAUUCAAAUGGAAUUUGUAGUGCGGCGCCCUCACCUUUUUAGAAGGAAGCAGAUUCAACGUCACGCAGUGUAGUUUAUUUUGCAAUUACUAGUACAACAACGAGUACGAUACUUUUGCAGCGGAUAACUCCAGUAAGCUUACGAUCGAAGACCAACAAGAAGAAAAUGAGGAGGACGAGCAGCAGGAGAGUGACCCCUACUGCGUCGUCGCGGUCAUUUGCAGCCUCGUCGGGUUGCUUCUGCUGAUUGGCAUUGUCUUCUGUUUGCUGCGUUCGAAGGAAAGCACAGCAAAAGAGCAAAGGCGACGGGAAGUCAACCAGGCCCUCCACCAGCUCGAGGCGGAGUCUGGGGAUCCCAAGUGGAGCUUGAGCCACGAGGUGGUCGAAACGGCGUUGCUCACUGCGGGGCUGACCCCAUCGUACGCCAAAAAGCUGGCGAGGCAGAUUGCCAGUACCGCCAACGUGGAGGACGAUGAGGUUUUGGUGCAUCCGGAAAACGAACGCGACCUUGUCAUCCUGAAGCGCAUGGGGCUGGACUUCAGCGACCACAACGUGCUCGGGGCGGAGGAGCGGGUGGGCCGCAUGCGCGGCUUUCUGCAAGCCGUCGCUAGCCACGCCCACGGGAAGAGUGGCGUGGCCACAGCGACGGGAGGAGAUGAUCAUGACACGACUUUGUUCCCGAACGAAGGAACAGCCCCGGCCCUCGAGGUGCUGCGGAUCGACGAGACGGAAGCGCGGCUCCAAACGGCGGGCUUCUCGGAAAAAGUCGCCGGGUUUCUGGCCGCAAAACUGGUGCAGAAGGCGGCGGCGCUGCAGGCAGGCGGCACACUGGUGCAGCUGGACGGCAAUGUGGAGACGGCGGAGGUGAAGCAGCUCGAAUACGUGGCCGCCGUUGUACAGGGAACGCUGGCGCAGCUGAUGCAGGAACUUACGAUAAAGUGCACAACUACUUGCCCUGAACCUGAUUUGUCAUGCGAAAUAAAUAUACCAUCAUUCAAAUCCAAGGGCUGCUCUUUGGUAUUGUUCGCAUCGUGACAGAUCUCGAAACCGGCCCAAACAUCAGUACUACCCCACGUCGCGCACGAGCUUGUCAUGCACAGGCUCCACAGGUGCGGGUCGUGUUUGUAUUGCUGUCCAUGCAAAAAUACAAAUAACGGGGAUGGCAAGUAGUUGUGCACUGUGAUAGAACUUGAGGCUCACCCAGACUGGCGCGCGUUGGUAUGCAUUGCAAAAGCAUCGUACUUACUAGUAUAAAUCGCAUUACAAAUAAUUCACGUAGCAUAAGCAUUACAAAUCAAAUUUGUAAUGCGGAUUUGCCUUAGUAAAGAGAUUUGUAAUGCAUAAACGCAAUUAGUACGAGUGCGAUACUUUUGCACAGGAUAGUUGGCGGAAGAAGGCGACAUGGCGAAGCUGACCGGGCUCGCCGACGGUAGCACCGCGGUAGUAGAUAUGCAUUGCAAAUAUGUCUGUGUCUGGAAGAUUCCAGCUUGUCAUGCUGAAUCGGGAUCAUGCAAAAAUCUGUGUUGCAUAAGUGCCAAAAGCUGGUCCACUUUCGACCAAGUUGGUAGGGAGUUUCUCAUGCAGGAUAAGCGUGACGACCACGACAGAAACUUCACAGAGUCUGUCAUGCUGGGCCCCGCAUUCCAGACCUCGUGGGCCAAGGCCAUGGAAAACCUGCAUGACAAGUUUACACUCUUGUUCCAGAGGACCCAGACAUAUUUGCAGUUGAUAGUAGAGAUGCUUUUCAAAAAGGCUUUGAUGAAGGAGAAAAGGCGCAAGGUGUCGGCCACCAUGUUGGAUUUGCGCGCCGUUGCGCUGGACGACGCCACUGCCGGUGUGGACUUAUUCGGCGGCACCGAGUAUGAAGUGCAAAAGUAUCGUACUCGUCAUGCAUGACAAAUCUUUUUCUUGAGGUAAAUCCGCAUUACAAAUUUAAAUUUUAUUUCUCCCGCUGGCGAAAUAAUUUGUAAUGCAUUUAUACGAGUACGAGGCUUUUGCAAUUCAUACUGAGCAAGCCGGCACUUUGGACGGUUUCGCUCUCGGCCGGUUGAUGCCGCCGAAGAAGCGGUUUGAAAAGAAGCUCUCCGGGCCCCUUUCUACUUCGGGAGUUGGUGGUGCGACGAGUGAUAUUAACACGCAGGAGACGAGCCAGAAGCUGUCGUCCAACAUGUCUGGUGGCACUGCUGCUACUUCCCAGGUCGCUCCUAAUAUUCCACCAGCCGUGCUGUCGCCAGCUGUCUCUUCGGACGAACUGCAAAAUAACGACGGUACUAGCCCGGCGCCGUCUUCCGCCGGGGGGAGCUCCACCGCUGGAAAGAAGAAGGCACCCUCGUCAGGCAGCUCUUUAUCCUCGGGUAAGAAGAAACUGAAACGGAAAAAAUCUGGGGCGCCGAAGAAGAAGGGCACCAAGGGCAAGCUUGCCAGCACGGGCCCGGUCGUGGAUGACGCGCUCAAGAGGGCGGAGGAGAAGUUGCUGCGCGAUGCCACGGCGGCCCUGCUCUCGAUUGGCUUCUCGGACGAGGCGGCCGCGGGACUCGCGCACCGGAUUGCGGGGACCAACGCCGUCGACUUGGGGUCGCAGGUCAUGACGCUGAGCGACGGGGAAAAAGCGAUUGUGGCAAAAGGGCUUAACGGCGUCCGAGUGAACGAUCUCAGUGACCUAGUCGACGAAUUGGUGGCGCAGAAGCCGGAGUUUUUUCAAGCGCCGGCCCCUGUUGAGUUACCCGGCCAGCCCGCCUCUCCCCCGGGCUCCGGUCUGCAGUCAGGUGUGGGACAGCCGAUGUCGCUUCUGAGUGAGCGAUAUCAACUGCAAAAAUGUCUGGGUCUGGAAGAGUGCAAGUUUGUCAUGCUUGUCUGGCAUGACUCGAGACUCUGUGUUGCAUAGGCACGAAAAGGUCCUCUAUACCUGUCUGUCAUGCAACAACGCAGUUUGCCAUGCGGAAUACGCAAGACAUAGCAGCCAAAAAAUUUGUUAUGCAUAGCUGCGUAUCGCAGCGCGUCUAUCAUUCACUUUUAGUAUUACAAGUUUCCAGACCCAGACACUUUUGCAAUUCAUAAGCGACUGGUGUCCGGACAGCCGCUGUCGAGCAUGAUGGGCAGCGGACUGGGGUCGGGCUUUCAAGAGGUGGAACCGGCGUCCGCGUCCUCUGGUGGCUCGGCCGCGUCUACGAAGGAGAAACGGGAAAAGCGAAAGGCGAAGUUAAAACAAAAGGCCGCGCCCUAGUAUACCUGUUACUGUCACACACGAUGCUUCUUUUUUUUGACUUUCGCUUUCUUUUGCUUCAGACAUUUACUUCUUACAACAUGUAGUUACUGUUUUCAUGCAAAAUUUCAUUUGCGUGCUUCAAAAAAAGAUUUACUUACAACAUUUAGAUUUACCUCCCCGCAAAAGCUUUGAAAGGUUUCAGUACCGGCCCGUAUGGUAGUUCUAGUUGCUGCACGAUUAUAGGAAAAUAAGCCACAUCAUCUUUGUUUAUCAUCUUUGUUUUUUGAGAUGCCAAGCAAGGGGGAGAACAGUUUACCUUUAUUUUUUGUGUUUGCACAAUAUUAUGCUCAUUUUUGUUUUUGUGUUUGCACAAGUAUUUGUGUUGUCGUACAUGAUUCUACAUAAAGGUGUCGCUUUUCGUUUUGUUUCAGUCGUGUAUAUUGCG